CGCGCGGCUGGGCAGUCAUCCUCCCGGGAGGCAAAUUGGUGGUCUUACGGAGUCAGAUUUGGGAGGUCGGAGUUGUACCUCUGUAGACGCUUACUCUUCUUUCCUCCUACGCUCUUUGGGGAGAAAAGACACUUUUUGAGGGCCUCCUGCGUGCCAGGAACAGACUCUACCCAUCAUCAGAUUUCACCUUCACAACAAACGCAGGUAGAUAUUUCUUGAGUCCCCAGAUGAGGAAACUGGGGUUCAGAGUCCAACCCAAGGCUGUGUGACUCCUCUAUGUUGGCAGAAAGAGAAAGAUUUUUCUUCCUUCCCUUCCUCUCUAUCAAAGGGCAAUAUCUCUUUUUUUCUUCUCCUCCCAUGAAGGGAAGCCUCCCUUAAACAGGCCCCCGAAGAAGAGGGAGUCUCAGAUGCAAAGCUCAGCAUCGCACUUACCAUCGUCACCACCAUCCCAACAGACGACUAAGAGCUUGUUGCAAGGUCGCAGUUGACAAAGAGGACUAGGUCCUUGCGGUUCAGAGUCAGUUAAGAGUCCAGUUUUAGAGAAUUACUCCAAAUUCAUCAUGAUUGAAGACAAUAAGGAGAACAAAGACCAUUCCUUAGAAAGGGGAAGAGCAAGUCUCAUUUUUUCCUUAAAGAAUGAAGUUGGAGGACUUAUAAAAGCCCUGAAAAUAUUUCAGGAGAAGCAUGUGAAUCUGUUACAUAUCGAGUCCCGAAAAUCAAAAAGAAGAAACUCAGAAUUUGAGAUUUUUGUUGACUGUGACAUCAACAGAGAACAAUUGAAUGAUAUUUUUCAUCUGCUAAAGUCUCAUACCAAUGUUCUCUCUGUGAAUCCACCAGAUAAUUUUACUGUGAAGGAAGAUGGUAUGGAAACUGUUCCUUGGUUUCCAAAGAAGAUUUCUGACCUGGACCAUUGUGCCAACAGAGUUCUGAUGUAUGGAUCUGAACUAGAUGCAGACCAUCCUGGCUUCAAAGACAAUGUCUACCGUAAACGUCGAAAGUAUUUUGCGGACUUGGCUAUGAACUAUAAACAUGGAGACCCCAUUCCGAAGGUUGAAUUCACUGAAGAGGAGAUUAAGACCUGGGGAACCGUAUUCCAAGAGCUCAACAAACUCUACCCAACCCAUGCUUGCAGAGAGUAUCUCAAAAACUUGCCUUUGCUUUCUAAACAUUGUGGAUAUCGGGAGGAUAAUAUCCCACAAUUGGAAGAUGUUUCAAACUUUUUAAAAGAGCGUACAGGUUUUUCCAUCCGUCCUGUGGCUGGUUACUUAUCACCAAGAGAUUUCUUAUCAGGUUUAGCCUUUCGAGUUUUUCACUGCACUCAAUAUGUGAGACACAGUUCAGAUCCCUUCUAUACCCCAGAGCCAGAUACCUGCCAUGAACUCUUAGGUCAUGUCCCGCUUUUGGCUGAACCUAGUUUUGCCCAAUUCUCCCAAGAAAUUGGCUUGGCUUCUCUUGGCGCUUCAGAGGAGGCUGUUCAGAAACUGGCAACGUGCUACUUUUUCACUGUGGAGUUUGGUCUGUGUAAACAAGAUGGACAGCUAAGAGUCUUUGGUGCUGGCUUACUUUCUUCUAUCAGUGAACUCAAACAUGCACUUUCUGGACAUGCCAAAGUAAAGCCCUUUGAUCCCAAGAUUACCUGCAAACAGGAAUGUCUAAUCACAACUUUUCAGGAUGUCUACUUUGUAUCUGAAAGCUUUGAAGAUGCAAAGGAGAAGAUGAGAGAAUUUACCAAAACAAUUAAGCGUCCAUUUGGAGUGAAGUAUAAUCCAUAUACACGGAGUAUUCAGAUCCUGAAAGACACCAAGAGCAUAACCAGUGCCAUGAAUGAGCUGCAGCAUGAUCUCGAUGUUGUCAGUGAUGCCCUUGCUAAAGUCAGCAGGAAGCCAAGUAUCUAACAGUAGCCAGUCAUCCGGGAACAUUUGAGCAUCAACUCGGAGGCCUCUGGGUCAUCUCUUGCUUUUCUUGAAAACCUGAUCCUGGAGGGGCAGCAUCUUCUGGCCAAACAAUAUUAUCGAACCCCACUCCUUAAUGAAUUGCUAGUCUUUGAAAAUUUGUACCUGGAUAUUCUAUUUACCACUUUUUUUUUUGUUUAAUUUGUUUUGUGUUUUUUUUUUUUUUUGGUAACAGCUCUAAUGAGACAAUUUAUAUACCAAACAAGCCAUACAUGCUAUUGACCACCCAUUUUUAAUAGAGAAGUUGUUUGACCGAAUAAAUAGAUCUAAUCUCAGCCUAACUCUAUUUUCCCCAAUCAUCCUUGAGUAAAAUGACCCUUUAUGAUCGCUUAGAAUACCUUGAGGAGUAUUAUGGCGCUGACUCAUAUUGUUACCUGAGAUUCCCUUAUUUCUAAAGUAUCUGUUACUUAUUGCUGAAUUUGUGCCAAGCUCAAUCACAUUCACACUAAAAUUUAACAGGAGACCCAGCUGUCUUUGUUGCCAGCAUGAGCAAAAGUAUAGAGGCCUUUGCACAUGGAGGAUACCUAGUAAAGAGCAAGUAGUCUAGUUUCAAGUGUAGUAUCUUGUAGGGAAAUGGGAGUAACUAAGCCUGGAAAGGUUGAAUGGGGCAUAAUCAUUAAGACUAGGCUAAGAAUUUGAGACUUUAUUUUUUAGGCAUUAGGGAGCUCCUUCCCAAGUGACUAUCUUCUUUGACACUUUGUUUUCUUUCAAUGACAUCACAUGAUACUGGUUUUAUUCUAGACUAUCUAUCCUACUCAUGGGUCCAAGGGAAACUUAGUGGAGAUGCAACUUGCAUGAGGCUGUACUCAGACAUUGGUCCUAGGUAUUAUGAUGGGAUUGUCCCCAGAUUAACAGGAAGCAUUGUUAUCAGAGGGAAGGUUCAAACUGAGAUAGGUAAGAGAAGCACAAAGCAAAAGAUAGAAAAACAGUGCUGAGUACUUUAUUUCUAAGGUAUAAGGUGAGGCCAUAAACAGAAAGGCAUGCAAUGAGAGUAGAGGCUGCA